UGGCCUACAAAGAUCGCAUUCUAUCACCGCAACAAUUAAAGAAAUUGUCCGAACAUAAAUACUCAUGUACGAAUUCAAGUUUAAUGGAUCCAUGGCUACAGCCCUGGUGGAAUUGGCUGGUAUCAAAAACUCCACUGUGGUUGGCACCAAAUCUAAUUACAAUUGUGGGUUUGGCUGUAAAUAUAAUUACAACUUUGAUAUUGGUCGCUUAUGCACCAGAAGGCACAGCCCCACCGCCACGAUGGACCUGUCUACUCUGUGCCGUUGGCCUAUUCAUUUAUCAAAGUUUAGAUUCCAUCGAUGGCAAACAGGCAAGACGUACAAAUACAUCAUCACCAUUGGGAGAGCUGUUCGAUCAUGGCUGUGAUUCGAUAUCAACAGUAUUUGUGGCAUUAUCAGCAUGUAUAUCAUGUCAGUUGGGUCACUAUCCCAAUUGGUUAUUCUUUCAGUGUUUCUGUGCUAUAGGUUUAUUUUAUUGUGCCCACUGGCAGACCUAUGUGUCGGGCACAUUGCGUUUUGGCAAAAUCGAUGUUACUGAAGCUCAAUUUACCAUUAUCGGUAUACACAUGAUAUCGUUUUUCUUUGGCCCCGAAAUCUGGAUGACCAAGCUACCCAUUAUUGGCUACAAUAAAAAUUAUAUCAUAUUGUGUGGUAUUACCAUUUGUUAUUUCGUUAAUUUUGUGAAUUUUUGCAAAAUGUUCCUUGAAGGAGGCAGUGGCAAAAAUGGCUCGUCAGUUGCUCUGUCGUUUAUUGGCUGUGAGUUGCGCAUACUGCCUUUAUAUUUUGCCUUUGGCAUUGAUCUUUUGUUAGCGUUACGUUAUGCCAAAGUAAUAAUGACUGAAGGAUGUGGCAAAAAUGGAUCUUCAGUGGCUGGCACCAGUGUUUUGUCACCCAGCAUACCAUUGACCUUGGUAGUGCUACCCGCAUUUAUAAUUGCUCAAAAAUCUCCAGAAAAUAUUUUCACCGAACAUUCGGCGCUCUAUAUUAUUGCAUUUGGCAUGGUGGCGGCAAAAGUGACCAAUAAAUUGGUGAUUGCCCACAUGACCAAAGCUGAAAUGGAAUAUUUGGAUUGGUCUCUCUUGGGACCCGGUUUAUUGUUCCUGAAUCAAUAUUUCAAUUGUGUGGUGCCAGAAAUUUGGUUGCUAUGGUUUACACUGAUUUGGGGUACACAGGAUCUUGUGAGAUAUUGUUCACAGGUUUGCCUUGAAAUCUGUGCCCAUUUGAAUAUCCAACUAUUCACCAUACCCUAUCCACCCAAGGGUGUUAAAGCUCAAACCUCAUCAUCAUCAUCGUCCAAGGGAGGCCAAUCAGCCGCGGCGGGGGGUAAAAACAAAAACGUACAAACUGUCAAUCAAGGUACUAAUCCUCCGGUCAAACACAAAAAGAAAUCGAACAACAACAGCACCACCAAUCAUCUGUGGGAGGCCAAAGAUGAUCUAAAUGGACUCUGA